CUCGAUCAGACCCGGCAGUCGGCUGUGAGUCACGACCCAGUCCAUCCGGGUGGAGUGCCAUCUUUGGUCACCUAGUCUCAUGAGGAACUGGGCAACAUGGUGCCCAAUGGCCAGGCGGCAGAAAAACAGGCAUGCGAGGAUCCCAGGCAAGACCGUGAACUCAAGUCCUGGCGAUGUCUCGUGUUCUAUCUCUGCUUCUUUGGCUUCAUGGCACAGCUGCGGCCUGGGGAAAGCUUCAUUACGCCCUACCUCCUGCAACGUAACUUCACAAUUGCGCAGGUGACCAAUGAGAUCAUUCCGGUGUUGCCCUACUCUCACAUGACCGUGCUGGUGCCAAUCUUCCUGCUCACAGACUACCUGCGAUACAAGCCCGUCCUGGUCCUGCAAUGCCUGAGCUUUGUAUGUGUCUGGCUGUUGCUGCUGCUGGGCAACUCUGUACUACACAUGCAGCUCAUGGAAGUCUUCUACAGCAUCACCAUGGCCGCACGUAUCGCCUACUCCUCCUAUAUCUUCUCCCUGGUGCAGCCCUCCCGCUACCAGCGCAUGGCCAGCUACUCAAGGACAGCCGUGUUGCUGGGAGUCUUCACCAGCUCUGUGUUGGGCCAGGUGCUGUUGUCCCUGGGAUACCAGUCCCUCAACUACAUCUCCCUGGGCUUUGUCAUCUUCAGCCUGGGCCUCUCCCUCUUCCUAAAGCGACCUAAGCACAGCCUCUUUUUCAACCGCAGUGCACUGGUGCGAGGAGCCUCGCCCUGUGAGCUGGACCAGAUGCACCCGGGCCCUGAGCGACCAGAGCCCAGGAAACUGGAGCGAGUGCUGGGCAUGUGCAAAGACUCCUUCCUGGUGUGCAUGCUCCGUGAGGUGGUGGAAAAUGCACGGCAGCCCCAGCUGCGCCUCUGGUGCCUCUGGUGGGUCUUCAACUCUGCUGGCUACUACUUGAUUUCGUACUACACGCAUGUCCUGUGGAGAGAAGCUGACCGAAAGCUCAACUACAAUGGUGCCGUAGACGCUGCCUCCACGCUGCUGAGCGCCAUCAUGUCCUUCUCCGCGGGCUUUGUGAAGAUCCGUUGGGCUCUGUGGUCAAAGCUGGUCAUCGCAAGUGUUAUAGCCAUCCAGGCUGGGCUAGUUUUCUGUAUGGUUAUCAUGUCCACCAACAUCUGGAUACUCUACGUGGCCUACGUGCUUUUCCGUGGGGCCUACCAGUUCCUUGUGCCCAUUGCCACUUUUCAGAUCGCGUCUUCCCUGUCUAAGGAGCUCUGCGCCUUGGUCUUUGGGAUCAACACAUUCCUUGCCACCGUGCUCAAGACCGUCAUCACACUUGUGGUCUCCGACAAACGGGGUCUGGGCCUCAGUGUUCAGAGACAGUUCACUAUCUACUCCAUGUACUUCCUGGUACUCUCCAUCAUCUGCUUUGUCGGGGCUGCGCUGGACGGCUUGAGGUACUGCCAGCGGCGGCGCCACCAGCCCCUGCCCCUGCCCCAGGAGCUGAGCCCCUUGGAGAAUUCUGUGCAGGUACUAAGCCUGCAGGAUGGAAACCUAAAGGGACCACAACCCUCAGCACCACCGCUACUCCCAGAGGAUGGUGUGGAGGACAGCGUGGCAGGCUUGAGACUCGAAGCCAAGGCCUGACCCAUCUUGACCUUCCUGGCUUCAUCCCAGUUCAGCGGGAAGAACUCCUGACUCAAGCAAGCAACCCCUCCCAUGUACCUCCAUCCUGAACCAGCCUGGGCGGGAUGCUGUAGACAAGACUGUACUGUCUUGAGUCCCACUGCCCAAGGCAUGUGGGCAGUGUGUUGCCUUCAGGAACCCCUGAAAUGUUCACAGGAUUCACCUUAGGAGCCACCUGCUUUAACUGCGGGACAAUAGUUUGUCCUUGCUGAUAGCCUCUGAGGACCCUAAACCCAGCCUACUUCCUGCUUUAGCUGUGGCCAAAGCCCGCUGGGAACACUCAGAGCAGCUGCCUGGCUUUAUGGGACCCAUAUGCCAGGCCACUGUGAACCUGAAUUGCCUAUUGCUUGCCAGGAAGAGCCUGUAUUGGGGUCAACUGCGCCUACCAGGCCAGCUCGCCCUUAGCCCUUGGAAGCUCAGGACAAAUUAUCUCUGUCCCCAGGGCUAGUGGGGUACAGACACCAGCCAAGGCACGCUGGCCCUGCAGAGUGCUGGUCCUUCUAUAUCCUGGCUUCUGGCUAUGCUGUCACUUCCAUCAUAGGAGGUGCUUGUCUGGAUGACUAUCUGAUUUUUUUUUAAAUAAAAAUAAA